AUGGCGGCAUGCGACAUCGGCUCUCGAGCAAGCCGCCUAUUCAUCGCACUCGACCACAUCACCGGCACCCGCUUCCUUGUCGACACAGGAGCCGAGCUGUCUAUUGUUCUCGCCACAGCCGCAGUCCACCAACACAGCAAGUCCACACCCAGGCUUUACACAGUGAACAACACUGUUGUCGUGUCGUAUGGUUUCCGGAAAGUAACUCUAGACAUCGGACUCUGGCGCUUGAACAGAUGGGUGUUUGUGAUCGCCUACGUCACCUUUGCCAUACUAGGAGUGGACUUCCUCAGCCAUUUCAACCUAGAUGUGAGUGUUCGCGAUCGGCGCGUAAAGGAUAACGCCACAUUCCUCGAUGUACUUGGCCUGCAGCCCACCCCAUCUGGCAUCCGUACGUUUCGGUCAGUCUCAACGUACGACAAGAUACUCUCUGAGUACCCGCAACUCACGAAGCCCCGAAACAAUGCGUUGCCCGUGAAACACAAGGUGACGCAACAUAUCACUACCACUGAACCACCUGUCGCCGCGCAGUCAGAGGCUCGCUGGGCGGGGGUUGGAAGUCAGCCGCCGUGA